GAAUCUGUUAUUGAAAAAAGCUGAAAGUUACAUUUCAUGAGCACCAAAAACUUAUAUAUUUCACCUCAAUGUGACACCUAUGAUCAUAUAUAUAACUAAGGAGUAUUUCAAAUUCCAAUUUCAUGGAAGAUUUUAGGCAGAACCUCCUUAAACCUUCUUUCUUACAAAUGAAUAAUUCAUCAAACCUAGAACUCCUCAACAGCUUGGCCUCAUUCGAAGGCUUCAAUGCUAACACAAGCAAUAUUCAUGGCACCAUGUCUUUAUCCAAUGAAGAAUUCUCCAAUCAUCAAACUCAGCUCCCAAUUUCUUAUGACGAUGAAUACCUAAGAUCGAUUGGGCCUAACGGGCCGGUGUUCAACCCGAUGAUGGCCCAUUUCUUUCCACCGGGCCACGGAUGCAACGACAUGAACGUGAUGAAUUCAUCUCCUGAUGCUGCCUUUCUUGCACUCGACAAGGUUAACAAAGCACAGAAUAAUGGUGGGAAGAAGAGAAAGAGAGUUAAUGAGAGAGAAUCUCAGAAGCCUAAAGAAGUUGUUCAUGUUAGAGCAAAGCGAGGGCAAGCCACUGACAGCCACAGUUUGGCUGAAAGGUUAAGAAGAGAAAAAAUAAAUGAGAAAUUGAGAUGCUUGCAAGAUCUGGUUCCAGGGUGCUAUAAGACGAUGGGAAUGGCUGUGAUGUUGGAUGUGAUAAUUAACUAUGUACGGUCGUUGCAAAACCAGAUUGAUUUUCUAUCCAUGAAGCUGUCCGCAGCAAGUUUAUUCUACGAUUUCAACUCAUCUGAAGCUGAAGCCAUGGAGGCACUACAGGGAAGCACUGCGUAUGAAGGUGGGCAAGCGAUGGAAAAACUUGUCGGAGACGGUUAUGGAGGAAUUUCCCAGUUCCAAAAUUGGCCUCUUUGAAUUUGAGUUUUGCAUUCUCAUCAUUUAUGUUAAGAUCGAGAUGUUUUCUCCAUGCACACACAUGCAAUACCAAUAUUUGCUGCUCUUAUUUUCAAAAUAAAAGAAAGAAAAAAACGAGAAAUGAGAUUGACUCUACAGUAUCA